AUGGCGUGUAGGAGGAUGUGGGUUGAUGAAGGGAUGACCGAUCCGCUGCAUGCAUUGGAAUUGGAAAUGUCGAACGAGCGUGAUGGGAAUUCAACAGAUUUUGUGACAGUUAAUCAUGGUUGUAAAACUCGAUACUAUCUUCUUAUGCCUAAGACUGAUUUGGAUUUUGUAGGUUACACCCUUUUUCUUGGAUUCGUCAUUGAUCGCUUGCACCACUAUCUUCAAAAGCUAUUUGGUUUGAGGACGACAGUUGGAGCUUCCAAACAGGAAGUCGAGAAACUUCAGAAAGAGCACAAACAUUUCAAAGAAAAGGAAGAGAGAGCUUCCCAGGAAAUAAGGCUGCUCCAGGAGGAGGUCUCUAAUCUAACGGAGAAGCUUCAAAAAAUGAAAUUGGAAUUGGAAGAAAAGGAGAAACAGGCUGCGUCUGCGGAAGCUCAUGUCUCUGCACUUCAAAAACAAGCCGAGGACCUACUUCUCGAGUAUGACCGUCUGUUGGAGGACAACCAAAACCUUCAGAGCCAGGCCCUGGCAUACAGAGGUUGAGGGCCUUUGAUGGAAAUGGGUUUUGGAAGCUGAGAAUACUAUACCAUUGCUUGGCUCGAUCAGACUUCCCCUGGGCUGGAAACUUGCCAUGUUGAGAUUAGUUUUUUCAGUAGUUAAAAUAGGGAGGUUCUGUUUCGUCGAACGCCAUUGAAAAUUUUGUAAUUCGCCGCAGUUGUAGGAAGGUGUUCGUCUCUCAUGUUUUCCUCGUCUUGUAUUUGCUCUGUUUUGGUUUUUUGCCUAAUUGAGAUGAUAUUGAAUUUUGAAAUAGAACGGGGUGUCCGCGAAAGGAAAAGAAACGAAAGGAUGAUUACUGUUUUCACAGGCUGAUUAAACAAGGCAGCCAUUAACAUAUGGGUCCUUGAAAGCUUC